CCUCCUCACUCGCCCGCCGCCAGCGCCCGGCGCAGCUCGGCCAGAGCCACCGCGGGCUGAGCCCCCGCCGCUGCCCCAUCUCGCUGUCCCGUCCCGCUGCCCAUCCCGCCGCCACAUCCCAUUGUGCAUCCGGCUAUCCAUCUUGUUGCCCAUCCCGCCGCCCCAUCCAGCUGCCCAUCCCCCUGUCCCAUCCCACCGUGCAUCCCGCUGUCCACCUCGCUGCCCAUUCCGCCGCAACGAUGCCCGCGGCCCGGCCGCUUUCCGCGGGACCGGGCGGGAUCGCGCUGCUCCUGGCCACCCUGCUCCUGGGGAGCCUCGCGGCAGCUCGGGAGGAAGACGCUGAUGCGGAGAGGGACAUGGGCCCUUCCCCUGCCUACCUCCUGCCAUCCAACUCACCAGACAGUGCAGGUCUUGGCAGAGAAAGCCAAGAAGAGGAGGUGACCUCCACCUCCCCAAGUCUUUCACAGUCUGGGGAAGAGCUGGGCCAGCCAGCAUCUGAAUCCAUGGACGUGACAGCACCCUCUGUGCAGCAUGACCCCCCAGGAUCGCCACUGGCCCCUGAAGCCAGGGCCCAGCAUGCCCCAACACCCAGGAGGACCCUACCAUCCCUGAAGCAGUUCAACUCAGCCCGUAGGCAGCUGAGGCCUCUGGCCACCCCGGAGGCACUGCAGAGGCUGGGGUCCACCACAUCAUCAGGCUCCACAAAGUCAGCUGCCCCUGAGGACACAGCCCAGGCCGCCCCUUCAGUGCCCACAACUCCGGCACCACUGCAGAUUGCGCCCUUCACAGCAGCUUCCUUGGCACCCACUCUCCCACAGAGCCCAGAGCCUGCCCAGGCCCCAGAAGAUGCCAGCCCUGGCAGCCUGUUGGACAAGGGAGACAGCGAGCUGACUGGAUCUGCCUCAGAGGAGAGCCAGGAGACCACCACUUCCACUAUCAUCACCACCACCAUCAUCACCACCGAGCAGGCCCCGGCUCUCUGCGGUGUGAGCUUCUCUGACCCCGAGGGAUACAUUGACUCCAGUGACUUCCCACCACAGCCCUUCAACAGCUUCCUGGAGUGCACAUACAACGUGACAGUCUACACGGGCUAUGGCGUGGAGCUGCAGGUAAAGAACGUGAACCUGUCGGAAGGGGAACUUCUCUCCAUUCGUGGGGUAGAUGGUGCCACCCUCACAGUCCUGGCCAACCAAACGCUCCUGGUGGAGGGGCAAGUGAUACGGAGCCCCACCAACACCAUCUCUGUGUACUUCCGAACCUUCCAGGAUGAUGGCCUUGGGACCUUCCAGCUGCACUACCAGGCUUUCAUGCUGAGCUGCAGCUUUCCCCGACGCCCGGACUCCGGAGAAGUCACCGUGAUGGAUCUGCAUUCGGGUGGGGUGGCCCACUUCCAAUGCCACCUGGGCUACAAGUUACAGGGCGCCAAGACGCUGACCUGCAUCAAUGCCUCCAAGCCCCACUGGAGCAGCCAGGAGCCUGUCUGCUCAGCCCCAUGUGGAGGAACCGUGCACAAUGCCACCAUCGGCCGAGUCCUCUCCCCCAGUUACCCUAGCAACGCCAGCGGCAGCCAGCUCUGCGUGUGGACCAUCGAGGCUCCUGAGGGCCAGAAGCUGCACCUCCACUUUGAACGGUUGCUGCUGCAGGAGAAGGACAGGAUGACUGUCUACAGUGGAUUAACAAACAAAUCAGCUCUUCUGUAUGACUCUUUUCAAACGGAAAGCGUGCCCUUUGAGGGUCUGCUGAGUGAGGGAACCAGCAUCCGCAUUGAGUUCACAUCUGACCAGGGCCAGGCAGCCUCUGCCUUCAACAUCCGCUUUGAGGCCUUUGAGAAAGGCCACUGCUAUGAGCCGUAUAUCCAGAACGGAAACUUCACCACAUCCGACCUGACCUAUAACAUUGGUACUGUAGUGGAGUUCACCUGUGACCCUGGUCACUCUCUGGAGCAGGGCCCAGCCGUCAUUGAGUGCGUCAAUGUGCGCGACCCAUACUGGAAUGACACGGAGCCCCUGUGCAGAGCCAUGUGUGGUGGGGAACUAUCUGCCGUGGCCGGGGUAGUGCUGUCUCCAAACUGGCCAGAGCCCUACAUGGAAGGUGAAGACUGUGUUUGGAAGAUCCAUGUCGGGGAAGAGAAGCGAAUCUUCCUAGACAUCCAGUUCCUGAACCUGAGCCACAGUGACAUCCUGACUGUCUACGAUGGUGACGAGGUCACACCUCAUGUCCUGGGCCAGUACUUUGGCAACAGCAGUCCUCAGAAGCUAUAUUCCUCCACACCAGACCUCACCAUCCAGUUCCACUCAGACCCUGCUGGCCUCAUCUUCGGCAAGGGCCAGGGGUUUAUCAUGAACUACAUAGAGGUGUCACGGAACGACUCCUGCUCAGACCUGCCAGAAGUCCAGAAUGGCUGGAAGACGACGUCCCACACAGAGCUGGUCAGGGGAGCCCGGAUCACAUACCAGUGUGACCCUGGCUAUGACAUUGUGGGAAGCGACACCCUCACCUGCCAAUGGGACCUCAGCUGGAGCAGCGACCCCCCAUUUUGCGAAAAAAUUAUGUAUUGCACGGAUCCCGGAGAGGUAGAGCACUCUACCCGCCUGAUCUCCGACCCCGUACUGCUGGUGGGCACCACCAUCCAGUAUACCUGCAGCCCUGGGUUCGUGCUCGAAGGAAGCUCACUUCUCACCUGCUACAGCCGUGAGACAGGGACCCCCAUCUGGACAUCUCGCCUACCACAUUGUGUCUCGGAGGAGUCCCUGGCAUGUGACAACCCAGGGCUGCCUGAGAAUGGGUACCAAAUCCUGUACAAGCGACUGUACCUCCCGGGAGAGUCCCUCACCUUCAUGUGCUAUGAGGGCUUCGAGCUCAUGGGCGAAGUGACCAUCCGCUGCAUCCUGGGACAGCCGUCCCACUGGAGUGGGCCCCUGCCUGUCUGUAAAGUUAAUCAAGACAGCUUCGAACACGCGUUGGAAGCAGCAGAAGCCGCAGCAGAGUCCUCGCUGGAAGGUGGGAACAUGGCACUGGCCAUCUUCAUUCCAGUCCUCCUCAUCUCCUUGCUACUGGGAGGAGCCUACAUCUAUAUCACGAGGUGUCGGUACUACUCCAGCCUCCGCCUGCCCCUCAUGUACUCCCACCCCUACAGCCAGAUCACCGUGGAAACCGAAUUCGACAACCCCAUCUACGAGACCGGGGAAACCAGAGAGUACGAAGUUUCUAUCUAAAAGAGCCACGAUUGUGAAGGGGACUUAUAGACAUGAACUCAGUCAGGACUGUCUGGAAACAUCCAUCAGAGACCGUGUGACAUUGGGCUGCAGCCCCAGCGUGGCCACCAUCCUUCCUCUAGACUUUUGAUUAAAAGAUUCAUUGUUUUCUGCACUGUAUUUAUUAUAUUUAAAAAUGAAACUGGUGAGUUUGGUGUGUUGUGGCUGCAGCCAAGUUCAAGUGACAGUCUCCAUUCCCAAGGCAGGUGGAAGAUUUGCAAAGUGGCGAGCGGGUCAGACAGCAAACGGGAGGUCAAGUUUCAUCAUCAGUGCCAAGCCGGGGCUGUGCCACCCCGAAUUGUCGUCAGUGCCCCCACCAUGGUGUUCUUGACACAUAUGGACCCCCCAAGUUUGGGUUGCCUGCGUUUCUUGCAAGGUUCCUUUGGGGUGGAAUUAUGUUUUAUUUUUUUCCUCCCAAACAAACUCUGUCCAGUUUUACAAGCUUCCAAAGGUCUUGGCCUGUCUUCCUUCUCCCUCGUGCCUUCACAAGGCAACAAAGGUUUCCCUCAGCAUUUCCUGACCUCAAGGGACACUGGCAAAGUAAGAAAAGGGUUGCUUUCUAAAAAGUGGAAAAAUAACAAAAUUGUCAGAGAUGAGGUGCCAGAGUUCCAGGGACAAAGGAGGAGGGUUGAGUCUUUCCCUUGACACAUGUUCAAAGAGGUGGGUUAUCCUAGAAAUGCCAGAGUCCAUCACUUUGUUUGGCAGGGCCACCCUGAGGCCAAGGCAUACAUCCACAGGUAGCUUAGACCACAAGUUGGAAGAGUUGGCUGGGGAGGGAGGGACACCAUGCCCUGAAAGCCAGGGACCAGCCCUGAUUAUCACCCAGGGGUCUAGAAUGUCUCAGCCUUUGACCUAUGUGAGAUUAAUGCAUUGCCUCUCUGAAAGACAUUACCCCAGGACCUCCUUUCUCUUCCUAGGCAGGGAAGGUGAAAAAAAAAAAAAAAAAAAAAAAAAAAAACAGCUUCCCUGCCUCUCUGAUGCUUUGGUGGCAGGAGAUGAGAACACCCAGGCAGAUGCAACAAGAGCAUCACAGGAGGCCAAGGCCCAAGGUCCCAUCUGCACCUGCUUGAAGACAAGAGCAUUUGUUUCCAGAUAACAGAAAGUCCUAGCCUCUGUCUGCUUAUACUUUAUCAGGCUCUUUCUGCCCCAACCCAGUGACACUCUGGAAGAUUCUUUUCUAAGUACAGUAGUAUAGAAAGGUGCAGGGGUUAGAUGAGGGAAGGAACAGCAGAUCGCAUGAGGAUCCUGUGAGGUUGACCAUGUGGAGGUCAGCAGUUCAGGUAUGGAGCACUGAAUCUUGAGACCCCCCCCCCAACUUGGCAUCCUCCUGGAUUGUCUGGAAUCAUGUUAAAUCUGCUAGUUUUCAGAGAAGAGAAAGAGAGCCCUUUCCAGCUGCCAGGCGUAUAGAAAGCAGCUGAGAGUUGGGAUGUCAUAGUUGUGGAAGCAUCUGGACUAGAGAGAAGAGGCUUCACGCAUGUGUGCCCCUCCUGCAGGAGCUAAGGUUUCAUCCUAGGAAGGGGCUGAGGCGGGACUCAUCUACCAGAAAAUAGCCCUGUGUGUGUACCAGACUGGGGAACUGGGGAGAGUCAGAGGCUGCCAGACACCAGCCCACCCAUCCACAGAGGACUCAAGGGAUUAACUGCCUAGGCUCCAGGGAGCAGUGACCCUUUGGAAACAGAGCUAUGAACAAUGUGGCCUGCUUCUGAAGGCAGUUUCUUUUCUAACAAGAAGCCUGAGUCACCUGCUGGGAACUCUGUUAAUGAUGACUGAAGUUAGUCUGUAUCACAGCUUGGUGAAAACUAAGCACUUGCCUUUUGUAAAGACUGAUGAUGUUCAAGGUCUUUCUUCUAACCCUGCUCCCUAAAAUUGCCCAGGUCACUGCCCAGGUCUUCUGGGCUGUUGAGGGGAACAGAAAGGUAUCAAUCUGUGUUUUCAGGAGACCAGUGUCUUAGCUCUCUUUGUAGUAAGCCCCAUAACCACAUUUUAAAAUUUCAUUCUAGCCUAGAGGUGGAUGAUGCAAGCUCACAAUGUACAGUGAUUUCAAAGACAGGUUGGUGUCUAUUUUUUUUAAUUCCUGAAUGUGUAUUUGUAACAUGUAAAAAUUUGAAAAAUGGUAUAGUCGGCGCCAGGUGUGCACAAGGCAUUUCCACAGUCCUUCUGUGUCUGUUUUUUACAAGACGGAAAUUUGAACCCUGAGGGAUUAAAUAUUUUUGAACAGGAUUCACCCAUAAGCAAGUGGAGCAUAGAUGAUGCCCUCUCACAAACCACUCACUGCUCUAAUGUCGUUGGGAAACACAUUUACGCAGCAUAGGCUUCCAGGAACAUGCGCAGUGCUGAUACUUCAUGCUGAUUGGCACGGGCUGCAUCUGACGACCCUGCACUUUCAACACGCACGUGCUCAGCCCUUCUGCUUUGAGCUCAACUGUCCCCUUUUCUUAAUUUUCUUUUCGGUAGAAUUACUUAGCCAACAUCAGUAUUCUGACCUGUCUGAUGGUCAUCUUUCUUUAAGUCUAUCCAAGUGUUUCUACCCUGAUCCUUUGAAGAACAAACUUAGGAACCUCAGGAGAUGGCUUUGAAAACCACACACACACACACACACACACACACACACACACACACAUGCACACAGCCCAGGAGAAAGAUCAGCAGUCCCAAAGCCAGGAGGGUGGCAUUGAGGGGACUUUGGCAGACAUGGGGAGCUUCAAGCUGAGACACAAGCCUUAGGCAAAGAUUCCUCCUCCUUCUGGUAAGCCCAGAGGCAUGACCUUCUUUUGUCCUUGAUGAGACCAGGGGGAGCCUCCAGGUCUUAAGCAUCACUCAGCACCCCCAAAGGUAGGCUUCUUUGAUAUUUUCGUUUUCAUUUUAUCAUCAAGCAGAAUAUAAAACUUUAUAAGCCAGAAAAUGAAACCAUUUUCCACUUUGUAUAUAUCAAUGCUAAUAAAACGAAUGGAAAA